GUGUCCCCACUCCUCGUUCCACUUGCAUUGCUUCAUCUUCCUCUCCUCCUUUCACCCUUCUCCAUGCAUUUAUUCUCAUUCCACCCAUCUCUCCACCAUCCUUCCUCUUUCUCUUCUGUUGUUCUCUUUCUUACAUUACAGGUCGAAUUGCUGUAGAACUGGGGGAAAAAAAAUGGAACCGGCGUGCUUUGAUUGUAACGGGAAUGUCUCAAGCGAGAAAAAAUUGAAAUCAAUUUCUUCAGAGACUAGCAUGGCUGAUAGUGACAAUGGUUGCUUUGAGUGCAACAUAUGCUUGGAGUCAGCACAUGAUCCUGUGGUCACUCUUUGUGGUCACCUGUACUGCUGGCCUUGCAUAUUCAGGUGGCUUCAAACUCAGAGCUCUUCUGAUGAAUCAGACCAUCUGCAACCUUCAUGCCCGGUUUGUAAAUCCGACCUCUCUCAUACUUCAUUAGUUCCUCUUUACGGCCGAGGUGCACAUAGUUCGGAUUCUGAAGUCACGAAAACCCAGAUGGAUACAGGAAUACCUAGUAGACCACCUCCUCACAGCUCGAAUGCUAUGUUAAAUUCUGCUACUGCAUCGACUUCUCAAAGUGGUCAACUCCACCCAAGUUAUUUACAGUCGCAAUCGCAGCCAUUUCAUUAUCAUCAAUACUGCCCUCACCUUUAUGAAGGACAUGCUAUUAUUAAUAGAUCACCGUAUCUUGGAGUUGCAGCUCUGACUAGUUUCUCCUAUCCUAUUAUUGAUAUGUUCAGAGAAACGGUCUUUGCAAGGAUGCUUGGGAAUUCUGAUUCUAAUUCAUUGGCAUAUCGUUAUGUCGGUUACUAUCCUCAUAUUACAGGUGGCAGUCAUAGAAUGAGGAGGCAGGAAAUGCUCAUUGACAAGUCUCUAAGCAGAGUAUCUUUCUUUCUCCUCUGUUGUAUCAUUCUGUGUCUUCUCUUGUUCUGAAGAUAUUUUGAUGUAGACUAUAUAGACAUAUAUCAUGUGUAGUCCUAGAUAUUAAGUACUGUUUAGAGAUUGGCUGUAGGUUUAUGUGACAAGUAAAUAGCAUGUCUUGGUUUGGUUUUUCCCCCCUCACUGUCUUUAACAGCAGCAAGAAAAAGCAUAUAUGAUGCUUUAUCCUUCUUUUGUCUGAAUAAUGUACUAUAUAUUAUUAUAUGUGACUAUAAAUUAAAUUUUAUAUGCCUGAUUUGAAGCCAAUUUCUUGUGUUUUUUGAGCCCUGUGGAGAAGACUGUUCAGGGGAAGUUGAAGUUUGUGAAUUUUAGAUGCUAAGACGUGAGUUCAUUCAUAAUCACGUUCUUUUUCGUCGCUUUCUGUCACUUGUCGCUAAAUACAUGAAUGUAAAGGAUCAAAUUUGGAAGA